AUGCUGCGCAAUGGUAGUAAAAGGGCUGUAUUUAGAAUAAAACAUCAGCAAAGCGACAAAAUCUCCAGAAACGCAUUUUUAAAGAAACAACUAAAAUGCAUUUCUCAUGCGGAGAUGGCUGUGAACCCCUUCGUCGACGUUCGAUUGUUCUGCGGUAUCGGCGCGUCGCGGACAGUUGAAGAUCGCCCUAUCGACAUUCACGGCUAA